AUGCCUUGUAGACCCGUUAUCAAACCUAUCACAUAUGAGGCAAUAGACAGAGGGACCGACAAGUUGCCAAACCCAAAAAGGUACUCAAACAUGCUCAUAAUUUAUCUUAAAUCCCUACUCCCGGUGGUAAAUGGAAUAUCUGAAACUGCAAGCUCAAGUGAGACCAUUGAAGUUGAUAUUUCG